AUGGGCACAGCCAGAAGCACGAACAUGGCAGUGACGUGCUUGAAGCCGUCCGAGUACCGCGGCGACCAGAACACUGCCGUGGCCGGUCGCAUUGUGAUCCUCAAGCACCAGGAGAUCCAGUCGAGAAAAGGAACACAAGCGGCGGCAGCGCCGACUGGUGGCAGAAAAGGCAAGGGCAGCAAAGCUGCCAAAGGUUUGCCGGAGACCCGCACGCUUCGGAAGUUGGAAGCCCAUCUCGCUGCUACGCAGAGCUUGAGUGAAGUCGGUGAUCUGGUCUCUAUCCAAGGAGCUGCUGUGGUAGCUGCGCCGGCCCAAUACCCUACCUCACGGUUGCAUUACCAUUUGAAUCUGAAAGGACCUUUGGGACUACAGGUCAUUGUGCAGAAGCUUGAUGAAGAUCCGUGGCAGGGAAUUCCAGCCGUGCAUCCGCUAGUGCCGCUCUCUGCGUUGGAUCGGGUCAGAGAUCGGCAGCAGUUUUGUGUUUCGGUGACAAUUGUGGAGAAUCCAGGGUCGGUGGAACAUCAGACGAAAGAAGGUGCUGCAUUGGUGUGCAAUGCUAUUGUGCAGCAAGGAGCAACGCGAGUGAGAUGUUCUUUUUGGCAUGAGCAAGCCGAAGAAUUGGCAGCGCAGCCAGCUGGAACGAGCCUGAUGCUCUACCAGGUUUUGGUCACCAAGCGCAAGGAUGAAAGAUCGUGGGAGAUCGGCAGCUGGCGAGGCACUUCUCUUGUGCCAUGCAGUGCAGAGAUGGCGACGGCGAUGCAGGCAGAGCUAGCCCACCAAGACAAUUGCCGAAUGUUGACGGAAAUUCCUGUGAAGGAUUGGAUUGGCUGCUCUGCCACCGUCUCAUCCUUGAGCGCUCUCGUGGGAGCGAUCGUGCCUGGACAAUUGCGAAAGUUGGAGACGGUCUUUGAGGUUGUCCGUUUGCAAGUUUUGGGCAUUUCGUCUGUGAAGACGGAAACGGAUGUGUGGCUCAUCGAUUCGCGUGCGAAAUGCAAGAAGGCAGCACCGUGCGAGGCAUGGAGUCGAGCCGGUCUUGUGUGA